UGUAUUGUCAUAAAUAGAGCCGGUUUUGUAGUGUUUCCACUAUUCGGUUGGAUGCCUCGGCCGUAGGAAGUGAGAAGUGAGCGAGCAAGAGAGCUACAAACGACUGGAGGAAAGUGGACACGGAGAGAAGGGAAGAGCAAGAACAGGACUCCACAGCGAGAGACACUCGCCGGAGAGAGAGACGCAGGAAGCGAUGAAAGAGAUGUCUGCAAACACCGUGCUGGACAGCCAGCGUCAACAAAAGCAUUAUGGAAUCACCUCUCCAAUUAGCUUGGCAUGUCCUAAAGAAAUUGAUCAUAUUUACACACAAAAAUUAAUUGAUGCCAUGAAACCAUUUGGAGUAUUUGAAGAUGAGGAAGAAUUGAACCACAGGCUUGUCGUUCUUGGAAAAUUGAACAAUUUAGUAAAAGAAUGGAUAUCUGAUGUCAGUGAGAGUAAGAAUCUCCCACCUUCUGUUGUGGCUACUGUUGGUGGUAAAAUUUUCACAUUUGGAUCUUACAGACUUGGAGUACACACCAAAGGGGCUGACAUUGAUGCACUUUGUGUAGCUCCAAGACAUGUGGAGAGAUCUGAUUUUUUUCAGUCUUUUUUUGAAAAAUUGAAACAUCAGGAUGGCAUUAGAAACUUAAGAGCUGUAGAAGAUGCUUUUGUACCUGUUAUAAAAUUCGAAUUUGAUGGUAUUGAAAUUGAUCUAGUUUUUGCAAGACUGGCAAUACAAACCAUAUCAGAUAAUUUAGAUCUAAGAGACGACUCUCGACUGAGAAGCCUUGAUAUAAGGUGUAUUCGCAGCCUAAAUGGAUGUAGAGUUACUGAUGAAAUUUUGCAUUUAGUGCCAAAUAAAGAAACUUUUAGACUCACCCUAAGAGCAGUCAAGUUAUGGGCAAAACGACGUGGUAUUUAUUCCAACAUGCUGGGAUUCCUUGGUGGUGUUUCUUGGGCAAUGCUAGUUGCAAGAACUUGCCAGUUGUAUCCAAAUGCAGCAGCUUCUACUUUAGUUCAUAAAUUCUUUUUAGUUUUUUCCAAGUGGGAAUGGCCAAAUCCUGUGCUGCUGAAACAACCAGAAGAAAGCAAUUUGAAUUUGCCAGUUUGGGAUCCUCGGGUAAAUCCAUCAGAUAGGUAUCAUCUCAUGCCCAUAAUCACCCCUGCCUACCCACAACAGAAUUCUACGUAUAAUGUGUCCACAUCAACUCGAACAGUAAUGGUAGAAGAAUUUAAACAAGGCCUUGCAGUCACAGAUGAAAUUCUUCAGGGGAAAUCAGAUUGGUCCAAACUGCUUGAACCACCAAAUUUUUUUCAGAAGUAUAGACAUUAUAUAGUAUUGACUGCCAGUGCAUCAACAGAAGAAAACCAUCUAGAGUGGGUUGGAUUAGUAGAAUCAAAAAUACGUGUGCUUGUUGGAAACUUGGAACGGAAUGAAUUUAUUACUCUUGCUCAUGUAAAUCCCCAAUCAUUUCCAGGAAAUAAGGAACAUCAUAAAGACAACAAUUAUGUAUCAAUGUGGUUCCUCGGGAUAAUUUUUCGGAGAGUAGAAAAUGCAGAAAGUGUUAACAUAGACCUGACAUAUGAUAUACAGUCAUUUACUGAUACAGUGUACAGACAAGCAAACAAUAUAAACAUGCUAAAGGAGGGAAUGAAAAUUGAAGCAACUCAUGUUAAAAAAAAACAGCUUCAUCACUAUCUUCCAGCAGAAAUUCUUCAAAAGAAGAAGAAGCAAAGUCUUUCUGAUGUCAGUCGGAGUUCCAGUGGACUUCAAUCCAAAAGACCAUCUCUGGAUACCAAUUGUUUGGAUAGCUCCAGAGAUACUGAUAACGGGACACCUUUUAAUUCUCCAGUGUCUACAAACAAACCUUCCAAGCCUGAUAGUCCUUCUGCAGGAGAAGCCGAAAGGAGUAGUCCUGAGUCUGCUGUUGUAAUUGUGGAAAAGCCACUGGGUGUCCCACCAGCUCAAGGACUAUCUAUUCCAGUCAUUGGUGCAAAAGUUGACUCUGUAGUAAAAACUGUAUCAUCUCCAGCUGUGUGCACAAUUCCUACGGUAGUAGGACGCAAUGUCAUUCCUAGAAUCACAACAUCCCACAAUCCUGCCCAGGGACAGCCACAUCUAAAUGGAAUGUCAAAUAUAACUAAGAAUGUUACACCAAAGAGAUCCCACUCCCCAUCCUUAGAUGGAUCAUCUAAGAGGUUGAAAGACAUAGAAAAGUUUAUUCAGCUCGAAUCAACAUUUAAGGACUCGCGUGCUACCGAAGAUAGAAAAAGGAAAUCAAUGGAUGCCAUAGGAGGAGAAUGUAUGCCAAUUCCAACUAUUGAUACAUCACGUAAAAAGAGACUACCCAGUAAAGAACUACCAGAUUCAUCAUCUCCAGUUCCAGCAAAUAAGAUCCGUGUCAUCAAAAAUUCCAUUCGACUGACCCUUAAUCGGUAAAAGCAGUGCUGCCUCACUCAAGUGAAUAUGCAAUCCUUUAGUGACAUAGAUGCAACCACUUUUUUUUUUUUAAUAUAAGUGGUUGUCAUACAUAAAAUAAGGUGAAAGUUACAGUCAUCAGCCUAACAACUUGAAGUGGUUUUUGAACUCUCACACUUUGACCUGCAGAUGCUGUAGCGUUCUCUGAUUGGUUGCUACAUACAGUUCUCUGAGGAUCACCUCUAUCAAAUUGUCAUGUACAAUAUUAUGGCUUUGCGUUGGAGGUUUUAUUGCCUUAACUUUCGAUGCUUGUUUCUCUUAUGGGAACUAGUUCUUGGCUACUUGGACACUGAUUUAAAGAAGUCCUGAACUUUUUUUUUCUUUAUUUUUUAUAAGUCUUAUGUUGUAAUCAUUGUAUAAAACUGAAAAAGUUGAAAACAACAACAAAAAAAAGUCUUGUAAUUUUCCACCUGUUAACACAUUUACUUUAGCGUUGAAGCCACUUUGUGAAACCUGAGAUGAAUGUGAGGUAUCUUUUCUGUUUUUCUCAUUUGUGUAGAUGUACUUAAUAUCUUUUCUGUUGAUUUAAAUUAUUUUUUUUCCAGAUUGGCACAUAGAAUAUUUAAAUUUUUUUUUUUUUUUUUUUGUGCCUUUCUGUCCAGAUGUUGCAUAGCUACCAGGGAGGUUUAGUCCAGUGAUUACAUAAGAGUUGGGCACCAUAAAUUCUCUGUAUUUUGCCUCCCAUGGAGGCCUUCGAAAUGCAUCUUUAUUAAGAAUCAAAAUAUAACCAGGAUACUGAAAGUCAGUAUAUGAAUGGUGAAAUUAUUACCUAACCUAUCUCAUGCCAUUCUUGUUAGUUGACUGGUAUUUUUUACUGAGGAGCAGUUCAUUCCAGUGUCAAUAAAAACAUACCAUAAAGUAUGGCAAACUUGUAUUUUUGAGGUGUAAAAUUAACUUGGCAUGAUAAUUCCUGACCGUAACUUGCCCCACAACUUCAAACAGUUUCUUCAUGAACUAGGCAUGCAGAAGUAAGCAGUGGAUUUUACUGAAACCUACAGGCAUUUUUGAAUGACAUUGUUACCAACCAUGAAUUGGCUCAGGACCUUUGUAAUUUUUAUUUAACUAUAUGAGUUGUCAUUUUUUACACUGCUUUUUUCAGUGCAUUUCUUAAUAUUUUUUAAGUUUCAUGAACGCAUGCUCAGUUUACCAAAAUCCAUGACCAUGUAAUUCUUAUUGUAAUAUGUUGAUUCAGUGUUUUGUAAAUGAAGUCGUAUGUAUUUUCAGAGUAUUUUUGUAUGUAAUGUAAGAUACCAUCUUUUCAAAGAGAAAACUUUAAAAACUUUACUGUCUCUCUUUAGUCCAAUUUUUUUAAUAUGGGUUAUGCUUGAAUUAUUAUUAAAAUGUAUAGAUUGCACAGCAGGGUUACUGGUGUAUAUAUACUAAACCUUUUUCAGCUUUCACUCAGCAAUUAGUGGUGUGGGAAAACACAAAAUGGUACAUUUAAAUAGUACUGAGACAUACUUGGUGUUGUGUAUUUCAUAGGAUUCAUGGGAUACCAUUUAGCCCACAGAGUAAUAGUAGUCCAUUUUUUCUUGCAAACCUUUUACCACUGAGUUAGUUGAAUUCUGAUGGUCAGAGAGCAGUAUCUUUCUUCUCCCACUCUUGUUUUCUGAUCCUGGGAUCUCCCAAAGUGGGAAUUCUAAGUGUUUAAAUUUCAUAAAGUAGAGCUUCUUAGAAGUAAAGAGGAACAAGGAAAAAAAUAAUAUUCCAUUCAUUUUUCACAUAGCAAAAGACAGAAUGAUGUCACAACCAAGUUGUAGGUUCCUUGGAAAGCUUUCUCUUUAACUGACACUAUUCCUUUAUUCAAACUUUUGAGAUAUGUUCUACAGAUACUCUACAUGAGCAAAGGUGAGUUAUUAUGAAGACUGAGUAACUAUAGCUUGACUUCAAACUUUAAAAACAUAUUAAGGAAUUUGAUUAAAUUUUAUAUGUGCAUUGUGUUUGGAGUUCUGUGUUUAAUGCCUAUUAUCCCUGUUUUUUAGUCCUCAAAGUUUCUUCCAGGGAUCCUUAUACAUCCAUGUUUUACCAUAUUAUAUAAACAGAUUCUUAGAGUGACUAAUGGAGUUUUCUUUUAAUAAGAAAGCAAUAAGCCUGUCAUUGUGUCAUUGUGUAGUUGUUUCUCUUGUUCUAAGGGCCUAUUGAACAUGGUGUUAACACAUGGUCAAUGGCUCAACAUGAGACAUGUCAAAGACAGCACUCAACCUAUUUGGUAGCCGGAUGGAGAAUUGUGAAAUGCUUUUGAGAUGGUGGGUUUGGUCACAAAUGACAGCCUUUUUCUUUCCUGAACAUUAGGAUAGAUUACCUUCAAUAGUCAGAUAAACUUCAAUAUGUAAACAUGUUCAUUUUCACAAGGAUGUUAAAUUUUAAUAUGCUUAUUUUCCAGGGACUGACUUCUGAAAAAUUGUAUGUGACAAAAGAAAAUAAUCUGUUUAAACAUAGGAACUUAGUCAUUAUUUGAAAGAUAGGGACAUGGCUUAAAACCUUGUAAAACUGAGGGGAAAUGUAUUUUAAAAGACUAUACAACAAAAAUAACUGUUUCUUUAGGCAACAAUUUAGUGACAUUAAAAUACUUAAGCAAUUAAAUAAAAGAUGGACAGUGUUGAAAUGGUAAACUCAUUUUCCACUGUACUCCACAGAUUUGAAAUAGGAGUUCUAACUUGGAAAUCAUGAAGCCUAAGGCAAUCCUUUGUGAAUGUAUCAUCAGGAGUUUUUGUUUAUAUCCAUUAUUUUUAUUUUUUUUUAUUUUUGGAUUGGGAAAGGAGAUUUUCAAGCUUCUCAAAGUUGCUUAUUCCACAACCCAACUCCUUAUCACCUCUCCUUUAAAAAUGGGGUUAGGAACCACAGCUGUCCAGGAUUGAAUAAUCCUCAACUCUAAAAUUUUUUCUAUAUUUCUGAAAGUGUACUCUCUCUUAAUGGACUGAUGGAAGACUCAAUCAAUCAGGUCUCCAAUUUAUCUUCAAUUUUCUUUAUGUAUCUCAG